AUGGCAGGAGGAGACCCAGUGAACCGCACUUUUAUUGAUGACACACAUCUCAGUUGUUAUCAGAUAAAUAUCAUCUCUUCCACAUUUAAAAGAACCCCUUCCGCAUUAUGUGUUUUAUUCUACAUUUUCUUCAGUUCUGUAUCUGCUGUAACUGUGUGUGGAAACUUUCUGGUGACAAUCGCCAUUAUUUAUUUCAAACAGCUGCACACUCCCACUAACUUCCUCAUCCUUUCUCUGGCUGUGACCGACCUGCUUGUUGGCUUUGUGGUGUUUCCUCUCAAUAUGGAAUUCUCUUCAACCUCAUGUUUGUACAGUCCUAAUAUACUUUGCAAUGUACGAAAUACCAUUGAUGUCACUCUGAGUACAGCGUCUAUUUUACACUUGUGUUGUAUUUCCAUUGACAGGUACUAUGCAGUGUGCCAGCCUCUGACAUAUGGAACUAAAAUUAAUGUUCAUGUUGUUGUGAUCAUGAUUGUAACAAGUUGGUUCAUCCCAGUUGUGUUUGCUAUUGGUGAAUUUUUUGUAGGGUUGAAUUUAGAAAAAUGUGAUGAAAGUUGUAUUUUUGCUCUGCUGCUGACAACUAGUUUCUUUUUAUUUUAUUUCCCUGUGAUCAUAAUGUUGUGUAUCUACUUGAAGAUUUUCCUGGUGGCUCAGAAACAGGCACGCAGCAUCCAGAACACCAACUGUCACAGCAAAAAGAAAGAACUGACAGUCAGAAAGGUGGAAGGAAAGGCCACAAGAACUUUGGCAAUUGUAAUGGGAGUCUUUCUGAUGUGUUUGACUCCUUUUUUUCUGUGUUUUGCCGCUGAGUUCUUGGGAGAUUCCUCGGUGCCUGCUGAAGUGUUUGAAACUGUAGCCUGGCUUGCACUGUUUAACUCCAUGCUCAAUCCGUUCAUCUAUGCUUUCUUUUACAGCUGGUUCAGAUCAGCUUUCAGACUCAUCCUAUCGGGAAAAAUAUUUCAAGGGGACUUUACAAACUCAAAAUUGGUUUGA